AUGUCAACUGAGACUUAUGCAUUCAACGCUGAUAUCCAGCAGCUUAUGUCGCUCAUAAUCAAUACGUUCUAUUCGAAUAAAGAAGUCUUCUUACGUGAGCUUAUAUCUAACGCUUCAGACGCCCUUGAUAAAAUUCGAUUUUUAUCUUUGACAGAUCACUCUGUAUUGGACUUAGAGCAAGCUUUAGGUAUCAAAAUUAUUCCUGACAAAAUCAAUAAAACACUGGCAAUUGUAGAUACUGGAAUUGGGAUGACUAAAGAAGAAAUGGUCAAAAAUCUGGGGACUAUCGCAAAGUCAGGAACUAAAGCAUUUAUGGAAGCGCUGUCCUCAGGCGCUGAUAUAAGCAUGAUUGGGCAGUUUGGGGUAGGCUUCUAUUCAGCUUUCUUGGUGGCUGAUAAAGUGACUGUCAUUAGUAAGCAUAAUGAUGAUAAACAAUAUAUAUGGGAAUCUACCGCUGGCGGGACUUUUACUGUUAUGGCUGAUGAAGACCCAGCUGUCGAAAAAUUGACAAGAGGGACCAAGAUUAUUUUACAGUUAAAAGAAGACCAGCUUGAAUACUUAUUCCCCCCUCCGUGAGUGAAUUUUGUUCGCUCACAGAGGGGUUAAUUUUUUUUAAAAAAAUUUACAUAUAAAUUUUAUAGUAAAUUUUUUUUAAUUUAAAAAGAUCCUAAUUCACAAAAAUUGAAAACCAAAUUUGUAAAAUUUAUUCUUUAAAAUGCAUACUGUUUGAAAUUAAACAGAAUUAGCAUGAGAUUUUCAUUUAUUAAUUAUCACUUAUAUAUCAAAAUUCUUUCAUAAAAAUUUUUCGUUCGCUCACAGAGUGUUAUUUUUACCAAAAAAUAGGGAUUUUUCCAUUUUUUUGCUCGCUUACGGAGGGUGGAGUUAGAAGAAAGAAAGCUGAAAGACCUAAUCAAAAAACACUCCCAGUUUAUUGGAUUUCCUAUUGAACUUUAUGUAGAAAAAACUAAGGAAAAAGAGGUUUCUGAAAGUGAAGACGAAGAGGAAAAAGAAGAAAAAGACGAAAAAAUUGAAGAAAUCACAGAGGAGCAAGAGAAGAAAAAGAAAAAAAAGAAAAAAAUCAAAGAAGUUUCCCAUGAAUUUGAGCAGGUAAAUAAAAACAAGCCAAUAUGGAUGCGAAAACCUGAGUCAAUCACUAAAGAAGAAUACGCCGCUUUUUAUAAAUCACUUACAAAUGACUGGGAAGAGCAUCUUGCCGUCAAGCAUUUUUCAGUCGAAGGUCAGCUUGAAUUUAAAGCGCUCCUCUUCGUCCCUAAGCGUGCUCCAUUUGAUUUAUUCGAGACCCGCAAAAAACUUAACAAUAUCAAGCUUUAUGUCCGGCGUGUCUUUAUAAUGGACGACUGCUCUGAGCUUAUCCCUGAAUACCUCAAUUUUAUAAAAGGUGUCGUUGACAGUGACGACCUCCCUCUCACAAUUUCCAGAGAAAACCUCCAGCAGCAUAAGAUUUUAUCAGUCAUCAAAAAAACCCUAGUCAAAAAAUGCCUUGAGCUUUUCAGUGAAAUUGCGAAUAAUGACGAAGACUAUAAGAAAUUUUACGAGCAGUUUUCCAAGAACCUGAAGCUUGGUAUCCACGAAGACUCCACAAAUAGACAAAAACUAGCCGAAUUAUUGAGGUUUUACACGUCAAAAAGUGCAGAUGAAAUGGUUUCGCUAAAAGAGUAUAUAGCAAGAAUGAAGGAAAGUCAGAAAGAUAUAUAUUAUAUUACUGGAGAAAGCAGACAAGCUGUCGCAAAUUCACCAUUUACAGAAGCGCUGAAGAAAAAAGGCUAUGAAAUUCUUUAUAUGGUCGACCCUAUAGAUGAAUAUGCAGUACAGCAGCUGAAGGAGUUUGACGGGAAAAAACUUAAAAACUGCACAAAAGAAGUCUGGAGCUUGAGGAAGGGGAAGAAGAAAAGAAAAAAUUUGAGGAAGCCAAAGCAAAGUUUGAAGGACUUUGCAAGCUAA